AAGUGCAUUUUUUUGUCACUAUAUAUCUAUUUUCUGUUUUUUCCAAAAGUUCUUUGCUUGAAGAAUCACCACUUUUGAGUACAAAACAGUUUUUUUCCACUCGAAAGCCUGUUUUUCUAGCUCACUUGGACUGAUUGAACUGAGGCCCAGUUCGGCCUAUAUUGACAGUGUCAUGGUUUGGUCUUUGGUGUCCAGUUACUCUAGUUUAUCAAGGUGUUGAAAGAGUUUGCAGGCUGUGAUGGGUAAACUACCUCCAGCUAGGUGUGAAAUGUGGGCACUUCACCAUAGAAAAAGAGGGUUUAUCCAAGUUUUUACUCCCAGUUGAAGUGUUGGGAGACCCUGACUUGGUUGUUAUGCAGCAUUCACCUGAGUGUCUACUCCAACUCCUCCAGCGUUUGCUCAAACACCGAAACCGAAUCAAACAAAUCCAUUCCCUCCUAAUUACCAAAGGUCACCUCCUCCAUAGUACAAACACAACCGCGCCAAAUUCAAAAUGGAUGAGCACCCUCCUCUACAACACUUUGAUAAGAGCUUAUGUAGAUCUUGGACAAGGUCACAACACUCUUGUCCUCUUCACUCACAUGCUUGCCCAUGGAGCCCCUCCCAACAGCCACACCUUCCCUUCCCUCAUCAAAGCCGCAACCUUUUCCUCACCAUCUUUGGGCCAACCCCUUCAUACCCAAGUCAUCAAGCGCGGUGUUCUGCAUGACCCGUUUAUUCAAACAUCAUUUGUAAGAUUCUAUGCACAACUUGGUGAGCUGUUUGAUGCCCGUAAGGUGUUUGAGGAAAUUUCGCAACCAUGCAUUGUUGCGUACAAUGCGAUGCUUGAUGCGUUUGGCAAGAAUGGGGAUAUGGGGUCUGCUUUUUUGCUCUUUAAAUGCAUGCCUAAGAGAGAUGUGGUAUCUUGGACGAGUAUUAUUAAUGGGUUUGAGAGGAAUGGGUGCUAUAGUGAGGCAAUUAAGUUUUUUCAAAAGAUGAUAGCGCAUGAAGAUGUGAUGGCAUGUUCGGUAAGGCCUAAUGAAGCUACAUAUGUUAGUGUACUCUCUUCAUGUGCUAAUUUAAAUGGAGGAGCUCUCUCUUCUGGAAAGCAAAUUCAUGGAUAUGUUAUUAGGAAUGAGAUUGAAUUGACUGUAUUUACAGGGACGGCAUUGAUAGAUCUUUAUGGUAAGACAGGUUGUUUGAGAAAUGCUGUAAAUGUUUUCGACCAAAUGGUGGUUAAAGAGGUUUGCACUUGGAAUGCGAUGAUAACUACUCUUGCUUCCAAUGGGAGGGAGAUGGAGGCUUUGGAUAUGUUUGAGAAGAUGAAAAUGAAAGGCCAGCAUCCUAAUGAGGUCACAUUUGUUGCUGUCCUGACAGCUUGUGCUCGUGGCAAAUUUGUGGAGUUGGGAUUAAAGUUGUUUCAAUCAAUGCUGCGUGAGUUUGGGAUUGUAGCCAUAAUGGAACACUAUGGAUGUGUAGUUGAUCUCUUGGGCAGAGCAGGCUUACUUAAGGAAGCAACAGAUUUUAUAAGAAGUAUGCCUUUUGAGCCUGAUGGUUCUGUGUUGGGGGCUCUUUUUGGUGCUUGUAAGAUCCAUGGAGCCAUUGAGCUGGGAACUGUAGUGGGGCAAAGGCUACUUGAAUUGCAGCCAUGGCAUAGUGGGCGAUACAUGGUGUUAUCAAACAUUAAUGCUGGGGUGGAGAGAUGGGAUCAUGCCACUGAUUUCAGGAAAGCAAUGGCGGUGGCUGGAAUUCAGAAAAUUCCAGCCUAUAGUUUGAUUGAGUUACUGUAAAAAGCUCGUAGCACUUUUAUCAGUCCCUACAGUGGUGGAUAAUUGUUUGUCUAAUUUAUUGCUAUAAGUUUGUCUUAAGAAAGUUUAAUAAGGGACAGCGGAAGAUUGUGAAAAGGGAACAAAGUUCCCAAUUUUCGCCAUAGAGAGCAUACUUUGUUGAACUAAAGUGAUGCCAAGAAAUAUGAAUUGAAGCUAUCACUUUCAGAGUUUGGUUUGGGCUUGUCUUAAUGUGGUCCAUGGAAUAUGCUUUGUGCUGUAGCUCAACAUUGUUUAUAAAUAUGUAUUAUAGGAUUUCAAUAAGACCUAUUAAAUGAAGGUUGCAUUGGAUAAUUUAAUUUGGAUUUAAAUCAAUAAAACUUUGUUUAGGAUUGCAA